AUGGCAUUAAAGAUACCCAAAACUGGAUUACCCAAUUUGCUCAAGGAUGGAUACAAGCAUUUACAAGGAUUGGACGAAGCCGUUUUACGAAACAUUGCUGCUACAAGAGAAUUAUCCCAGAUUGUUAGGACUUCGUUAGGACCAAAUGGACGAAACAAGAUGGUGAUCAACCAUCUUGAAAAGCUGUUUGUUACAAAUGAUGCCGCAACAAUCAUCAAGGAAUUAGAAGUCGUUCAUCCUGCUGCAAAGUUGUUUGUCAUGAGUUCGCAACAGCAAGAAGCUGAGCAAGGAGAUGGAACCAACUUUAUGAUUGUAUUCGCUGGUGAAUUGCUACAACAAGCUGAGUACUUGUUGCGUAUGGGCUUGCAUCCUUCUGAAAUCAUUGAUGGUUUUGAUGUCGCAUUCAAAAAGACACUCGAGUUACUUGAAACAAUGUCAGUGGACAAGGUCUCUGACCCAAACUCACCUUCCGAAUUGACCAAGAUUGUCAAAUCAGCAAUCUCAUCUAAACAAUAUGGCUAUGAAGACUUUUUGACAGAGCUGGUUGUCAAGGCAUCGUUGGAAGUCAUGCCCACAAAAACUGCCCAAUUCAAUGUAGACUCUGUACGAGUUGUCAAGAUCUUGGGUGGUAGUAUCCAUGAGUCUACUGUGGUUAAAGGGAUGGUCUUUGGCCGUGAACCUGAGAGCGUGGUACAGAAAGCCUACAAGGCCAAGGUUGCCAUCUUCUCUUGUGGAUUAGAUACUCAAAUCACAGAAACCAAGGGAACUGUCUUGAUUAAGAAUGCCAAUGAAAUGCUCAACUUUUCCAAGGGUGAAGAAAAGCAGCUGGAACAGAUCUUUAUUGAUAUCGCUGCUACAGGUGCCAAAGUCAUUGUCACUGGUAGCACUAUUGGUGAUAUGGCCAUGCACUUUAUGAACAGAUUGAAUUUGGUUGUCCUCAAAGUACCAUCCAAAUUCGAUCUCCGACGUCUAUGCCGUGCAACGAAUGCCACAGCUCUCACACGUCUCGGCCCACCAACUGCUGAAGAAAUGGGUUAUGUCGAUGUAUGCGAAACCGUCGAAAUUGGCUCCGACCGUUGUACUGUAUUUAGACAAGAAGAAGAUUCAUCCAAGACUGCUACUAUUGUUAUUCGUGGUAAUACCAUGAAUGCUCUAGAUGACUUGGAACGUGCUAUUGAUGAUGCUGUAAAUAAUGUCAAGGCUGUAUGUAAAGAUGCUCGAUUGUUGGCAGGAGCUGGUGCGUUUGAAAUUGAAAUGGCCAAGUCCUUGUCUUCAUUUGGUGACAAGACUCCUGGUUUGGAUCAAUACUCUAUUCGUAAAUAUGCUGAAGCUUUGGAAGUCAUUCCCAGAACGUUGGCUGAGAAUGCGGGCAUGGAUAGCACAGAAGUAGUAUCCAAGUUGUAUGCUGCCCAUCACGAAGGCAAGACCACUUAUGGUGUCAACAUUGAGUCUGAUGACAAUGGUGUCAUGGACUCUGCAGCUAAACUAGUCUUUGAUGCCUUGCCAAUUAAACGAAACGCCAUUCGUCUCGCCACAAAUGCCGCAUUGACCAUCUUGAGUGUGGACCAAAUCAUCAUGAGUAAGCCUGCUGGAGGUCUUGCACCUAAGAAACAAGGCGGAGAUUGGGAUGAGGACGAUUAA